AUGUUUUCUCACGAGACUUUCGGAAUCAAGGGAUUCCUGGCCAAGAAACAAAAGCAGAAUCAUCCCAUUCCCCAGUGGAUUCGGAUGAAAACUGGUAAUAAAAUCAGGUACAACUCCAAGAGGAGGCACUGGAGAAGAACCAAGCUGGGUCUGUAAGGCAUCACACAUCAUGAGAUGCCACACCUAAUAAGCACACAUUUUUAAGCUGCAUGAAGAUCAUGUGUUCCUAUCCUACCACUCUGUAAACAUCCCUCCUACCUGGCCAUGUUUUAUCAGGGAAAUGAUUUUUCUCUGUUACUAUGCCUCUGAACCAGGUUGGUUCAGUAAUAAGUGUGAGACCUCUCGGCUGAAAAAAAAAAAAGAAUUGCAGCUGAGGUGUAGUUCGGCCAUCAUAGGACAACUGAUCUUUAAGGACCUGGAAGAUUAAAUCUAGUCCUACUGUUAUCCUAUCAUCUGUCAUCAUUGUCUUAUUAUUCACCAGGUUUUACUAAGUGCUAAUCAUGGCAUCCAGGACUGGGCUGGGUGUCAUGCUGUAAUAAUUAGAACUAUUUAUUGAGUCCCUACUGCAGGCCAGCUACUUUAUUUAGGUUAUCUG